AGCCCCCCGUCCUGCACCCCCUGGCCCCCAAGCCCCACCCCACCUACCACCAGCCACACCAGUCCCCACAGCAGCCUCCGUCACCCGCCCCACACCAGGAGCACCUGCCCCAGGACUGCCUGCCCCGCCCCCACAAGACACCGCCCCCAGCCUCCCCUGUCCAGAAGGAGCGCGCCCCUCACAGUUCCAGUACCCUUAUGAUGCAGCCAAGGGGACUGACGCCACCACCACCACCACCACCACCACCACCACCACCACCACCACCGCCACCACCACCACAACAAGGGUUAUUCAAGUGGGGAACAUGCUUCAGGUGUUGCCCCAAGAUGCCUCAGCCCCGCAGCCCCACUCCGCCAUGAUAGUGCAGGCAGGGAAUGUCAUACAGGAGGCCACGUCGGAGGUGCCUGUGGUGGGGUCGCCAGUUCCAGAGUACGAAGUGGAGGAGGAAGAGGAAGAAGAGGACGAGGAGGAGGCACGGAUGAGGAAGAAGAAAAGAUCAUUAGCUGUAGCCCUCCCUCCAGCUGAUAAGGGGAUAUUAAGGAGCCCUUCCUACAGGUACUCUCCCAGCCGUGUCACAGCUGAUGAUGAUGAUGAUGAUGAUGAUGAUGCCACGCCCACCCCCAGCCUGAGCCACCCUCCACCCACCCCAGCCCUCACCAAGCCUCCUUCAGUACCCCUCCACACCACCACCACAACCACCACCACCACCAGCGACGCAACAGCCUCAUCUACCUCAGCCGGCCCACGCCCUGGCCCGACCCCCUCCCUGACAGUGGCCCCCCCACGGCAGGCAAGAAGAAGAAGGAGGAGAAAGUAUCAAUAAUCGUACAGAUUGGCGACGAGGAAUCCAGACUGAAACAGGCGCUGGGUUUAAAGAACAUAAUUUUCAACCCUUACGGUCCUGGCCUGGCCCCGAUUGCCAAGCUGCUGGACACCCCUGAGGAGCUGAAGCGUUUUGAGCCCAAGGGCUGCACCAUGAAGGUCCGGCCGGAGGAGAACGAGGCUCGGCUGAACAGAAACAAAGAACGGGGGCGCAGGGACAGGCCGGAGAGGGUCGACAGAAUGGACCGCCCCAGGGCAAAGGAGAAGGACAGACGCACGGACGCACAGGCCACGCAGGUCCGCUCCAUCCACCCACCCGUGCACAGAAAUGCUGGUAUCUCCACGUUGACAACUGGCCAGAGGAAGUAAGGACAGUACCUUGUGUCCCUGCCUCUGCUACCCCCACCCCCUGCCCCGCCCCCUGCCCCAGCCCCCCCCCGCACACAAGUCGGCCAAGUCCAAGUGGGACUCUGACACAGAAGAGCAAGUGGACGGACAGAAGUGAGGGGAGAGAGAGAGGAGGAAGAGAAGGAGGAGAGGAAGGAAAAUAAAAAUAUAAUCAAGAAUUUGGAGGAAGAGGAAGACCAGGAGGUACAGGUGAAGGAAGAGGAGGAAGAGGAAUAGACUAUCCCAGAGAAGAUGAAGGAAGAGGAGGAAGAGGAGGAGGAGGAGGAGGAGGAAGAGAAGGAAGAGUGAGGCAAAGGUCUUCCCCGAUUGUUUGACCGAAGAAUACGAAGCUUUCCUUAUGAUGGUGGAUGGAGGAGGAGGAGGAGGAGGAGGAGGAGGAGGAGGAGGAGGAGGAGGAGAGAAGAAAGAGGAGGAAGAGGAAGAGGAGGAGGAGGAAGGAAGAUGCAAGAGAGAGGUCACAUCACUAUAUAAAGAAGAGGAGGAAGACUACAUGAAAAUUGAAGAAGAGGAGGAGGAAAGAAGAAGAAAGAGGAUGAGAGAGGAGGAGGAGGAAGAGGAAGAGGAGAAGAAAGAACAGAAGACCCUGGAGAAGAUGAAGAAGAAGAGGAAGAAGCAAUGAAGGAGAAGAGGAGGCAGAAGAAACUGGAAAAGAAGGCAAAGAAGAAGAGGAAGGAGAAAGAGAGGAAGAGGGUCAAGAGGAGGAGGAAGAGCAGUGAUAGUUCAGUACAAAUGGAGGAGGAGGAGGAGGAGGAGAGAAGACUUACAAGAGAUAAGAGGAA